GCACCUGGAGGCACUAUAGUUGCGGGACCCUUGUCGUCACGCGCUCUUCUAGCGAAACACACUGUAUAAUCCAUAACGUUUUUCAUUGAUCCUUUAGAAGCGUUUAACUAUGGCGCGUCUAGUAUCUGCUACUGAGAAAAACGCAGACAAGCUACUUGUAUACCUAGCUCGUAAAAUCGGAGAGCACAAGCCUAAAAAUGUCGUUUACUUUAUUGUAGACAUUUUGUGCACAUAUUACCCAAGGCAUAUUCCCGAGUUGUCCAAAAUAUGGUUAAUGGAUAAGGGCUUAGAUGAGCAGAAGCAACAUGUCCGCAAUUUCUUUAAGAAGCACAACUCUACAUCUGCCAUUGCUCAGGAUUUCAUUAAUGCUGGAUUUGAUAGUUUGGAUUCGUUGACAUAUCUAACUCCUGACGUGCUCGAUGAAAUCCAGGCUUAUAAUAACACUACAUGGCUACCAGGACACAAAGUACGCGUGUACCAGAUAUUUAAAGACAUCAACAAGUUGGCUAAGGCAUACAAGGACGAACUCAAGGCAGCCCGGUUAGCAUGGCAAUAUGCUGACAGUACUAUAUACUCUCAUGGUGACGGACUCUACUGCAACCCUACUGCGUAUGGUCCAGUACGCGUCAAGGUCAAUGGCGCCAUGCAGCAGCAAGCUCCCGUGGAAUACUACUCCAAUGUACGUCCUACGGCAGUAAUUGGUGAUGCUGUAUACCACACUUCUACGGUCGCCAAACCAGCUACUGCAAGCUUGGAGAAUUCGCAUGGGAUUCUAGUUAAGGAAUCGCCCACCAUCAGGACUACUGCCGCAAUGUCUCAAAUAGCCAACAUCUCGGCGCAAUUUACAGCAAACAGAGUCAUGGACAAGCUCAUAUCUGAACAGGAUGGUAGCACUGUGGAUAUACAGUCUAGCUUUUGCUGUCGCAGGCCUGCGUUAAAUUAAGACUUUUUGUAUUACCUUAAUAUAUCAUAUUUAGUU